AUGGCAGCAGUGGCCCAGGCCCCCCGGUCGCGCUUUCGAGAGAUGGCACAUGGGCAUCGCAGCCCAACCUCCAGUGUGACUUCGCUUUUCUCCGGCACAUCGUCACUGACACGGACGGAGAUUCGAAGGGAUCAGAGGGAGCAGGACCUCGACCACAUCAUGACCGAGUUUCUCCAGGAGUAUCCCCAUUUAGCCAGUUCCGUCAGCAUGGAGACUUCCGGCAUCUGGUUCCUGGCUGGUCGACGAGUGCAUCGCAUCCGGACCGAGUCGCCGUGGAAGCGCGUGCUCGUCGACAACGUUCGGCGGCCGCUCGGGGACCUCCUCGAGGAAGUGUUGAAGGAGCACCAGCUAGAGAUGCAGAUGGAGGCUCAGGCACAGAGGAGUCGCCGGCUGCUGCAGUCCCACUUCCAGCGCAAGGAGCGCAACGAGAAUUUGCAGCUGCUGCGAGCCGGCCUCCAGGCUUUCGAGGAAAGAAGCCCCACUCCCUCCCAUGUUCAAGCCGGGAUGUGGCCAGCCAUGUGGGGCCGGACGUACGUUCUUCUGGCCGUGGUGGUGAGAGCUGCACAAGGUACCGAGCUCGGGCCCAAUUGGGCCGGCGUGAACUCCUUCUUCGCACAUGCGCUGCCAAGUUCAGGUCCUUACAACCGCACAGCCUACCUUGACAAAAUCAGGGACGCCGGGCUUCGUACUCUCCGCAUCUUCAUCAGUCAGACGGAGGCGGACUACAAAAGCAGCGGCUCAGAGGCCGUGGAUGACAUCGAGACGAAGAAGGUGGGUUCGUACGACGACCGCAUCCUCUCCAUGGUUGACGACUUGAUGCUCGAGGCCUACGAGCGUGGUAUCAAGCUGGACAUCGCCCUGCACGAUCGCUACUCGCUGGGCUGUUGGCGGAUCGAUGCCUAUGUCACAACAUAUGACCUGCCGAGUGGCUGCUGCAACUGCACCGUAAGCAAGAACCAAGUGAAUCGGUUCUACUCCGAGCCUGAAAUCCAGGUGGCCUUCGACGCGCGCUUGCAGCACAUCUUGCAGCACAGGAACCCGCACUUCAACGCCCCCUGGGGUCAGCUGCACGAGGUUGUCGCGUCUUUCGCCCCUGAGAACGAAGCUCAAGGCCACAACGAGCUCGUGGACAAAGGUUGGUGGUGCCGCCGAGCGCAGGUCAUGAAGGACUACAUGCACCCAGACAUUCCGAUCUCCACAGGGGGCUCAAUCGGGCUUCUGGAUGCUUUGUAUCAGCAGCUCUAUGUGUGUCCGGAGAUCGAUGUCGUCGACAUCCAUACCUACACCGACGAUGACGACUGGCUGAGAGAUGUGGCGCAGGUCUCCGUCACCUGGGCUGUGACGCAAAAGAAGCGGGUGCGGCUUCAGGAGUUCGGUGCGCAGGGGAACGAUGAAAGCAAGGCCAAGACCAUCUUCGCUUUGAUUUAUGCCGCGAGCGAGGUCGGGAUUCCUUUCAUGCCCUGGCAGCUAGUGCAUCCGGAGAGCACCACGGACUACGAAUUCUGGACAGACGGGGAGUUGUGGCGUGGGCUUUCGGUGCAGAGCCAGAUUGCGCAGGACAACGUCACGGUGUUUACGUGGCCAGAGCUGAACCUCUCCAACAGCAGCAUGCAGCUCAAGGCUGACUGGCGGCUCUGCGUGGUGAACUCAGAGUGCAGUUCCGGCUGCUGCAGCAAGGAGUUCAGCGGCGACAAGAAAUACAAGUGUACUCCUGGAGGCAGCCAGUGCACAGGCAACCUUCUGAAAGACUGGGUCUGGUGCACUCAGAGCAGCGAGUGCGCGAGCAAGUGCUGCAGCUCGGAGUACAGCGAUGACGGCCGGAACAAGUGCACACCAGGCGGUACGCCAAGCCUCUGUGGCGAAGCAGUUGCACGGAAUGGACAGCCGUGCUACGAAAACGGCAACUGCGCCAGUGGUUGCUGCUCCAGUGGACGCUGUGUGGCCCGCGCUCCCCCGUUUCAAUGCGACAGACUCCGCGCAUGGCCCAACUGGAGGUGGCGCCGCCUCCGCCGCCACCUGCGUCGCCGGCUCCGUGGGGGCGGUGCGUAUGCUCAGACUGACGCCUAUCAGCUAGAAGAUCCGAUGCUGCUACUCCAGCUGGGCCGGCAGCCUAGCUCCAUGGAUGCUUCAUCCGCGCGGCCAGGGCAUGGGAAGUCCAUGCCAGCGUGGCACAGUGCAAGCAACGAAUGUUGA